UCCUUUGCUCUGGGUUCCUCUUUCCUCGCUCAAGAUGGCGCGGCUUGCAGUGUGUACCUGGCGGUGGGCUGCGGCGGCGGCUGCUUUCGAAAAACGCCAACAUGCCGCGCUUGGGGUUCGGCCUCUAGUUUCUGUCUGUAGGUCACAUCCGCAAUGGACAUCGCGUCUGUUCUGGGACUCGGGAACCGCUCGGAGAUCCCAGAUCCCAGGGGCAUUGCAACAUACCACAUGGCAGACACUAAGAAAAGACAAUUCAAGACAGUUGUUAGAUGUGGCAAGGGCUAUCCAGGCAUGGCCACUGAUAGAAAAAAGGAUGUGUUGGCAUGGGCAUGCAGGAGGAGGACUGCACACAGACCCGAAGGAAGGGUUAAAAGAUGUUGAUACUCGGAAAAUCAUAAAAGCAAUGCUUUCUUAUGUAUGGCCCAAAGAUAGGCCAGAUCUGCGUGCAAGAGUUGCCAUUUCCCUGGGAUUUUUAGGUGGUGCAAAGGCUUUGAAUAUUGUGGUUCCCUUCAUGUUUAAAUAUGCUGUCGACAGUCUCAACCAGAUGUCAGAAAACAUGCUGAACCUGAGUGAUGCACCAAAUACAGUUGCAACCAUGGCAACAGCAGUUCUUAUUGGCUAUGGUGUAUCAAGAGCAGGAGCUGCCUUUUUUAAUGAAGUUCGAAAUGCGGUAUUUGGAAAGGUAGCCCAAAAUUCAAUUCGAAGAAUAGCCAAAAAUGUCUUUCUCCAUCUUCACAAUCUGGAUCUGGCUUUUCACCUGAGCAGGCAAACAGGAGCUUUAUCGAAGGCUAUUGACAGAGGGACAAGGGGUAUUAGUUUUGUCCUGAGUGCUUUGGUGUUUAAUCUUCUUCCCAUCAUGUUUGAAGUGGCUCUUGUCAGUGGUGUUUUGUAUUACAAAUGUGGCGCCCAAUUUGCAGUGGUGACCCUUGGAACACUUGGUGCGUACACAGCAUUCACUGUUGCCAUCACACGGUGGAGAACUAGAUUUAGAAUAGAAAUGAACAGAGCAGAUAAUGAUGCAGGUAAUGCUGCCAUAGACUCGCUGCUAAAUUAUGAAACUGUGAAGUAUUUUAAUAAUGAAAACUAUGAAGCAGAAAGGUAUGAUGGAUUUUUGAAGACAUAUGAGAAUGCUUCAUUGAAAAGUACCUCAACUCUGGCUAUGCUGAACUUUGGUCAAAGUGCUAUUUUCAGUGUUGGUUUAACGGCUAUAAUGGUGCUUGCCAGUCAGGGAAUUGUGGCAGGUACCCUUACUGUUGGAGAUCUAGUAAUGGUGAAUGGACUGCUGUUUCAGCUGUCAUUACCUCUUAAUUUUCUUGGAACUGUAUAUAGAGAAACUAGACAAGCACUCAUAGACAUGAAUACCUUGUUUACCCUACUUAAGGUAGACACCAGAAUUAAAGACAGAGUGAUGGCAUCUCCCCUUCAGAUCACACCACAGACAGCCACGGUAGCCUUUGAUAAUGUGUAUUUUGGAUAUGUUGAAGGGCAGAAAGUUCUUAAUGGAAUAUCUUUUGAAGUCCCUGCAGGAAAAAAAGUGGCCAUUGUAGGAGGUAGUGGAUCAGGGAAAAGCACAAUAGUAAGACUGUUGUUUCGCUUCUAUGAACCUCAGAAGGGUAACAUUUACCUUGCUGGUAAAAAUAUACAAGACGUGAGCCUGGAAAGCCUUAGAAGAGCAGUGGGAGUGGUGCCUCAGGAUGCUGUCCUCUUCCAUAAUACCAUUUACUACAAUCUGUUAUAUGGAAAUAUCAAGGCUUCACCUGAGGAAGUGUAUACAGUGGCAAGAUUAGCUGGACUCCAUGAUGCAAUUCUUCGAAUGCCUUAUGGAUAUGACACUCAAGUAGGGGAACGAGGACUCAAGCUUUCAGGAGGAGAAAAACAAAGAAUAGCAAUCGCAAGAGCCAUUUUAAAGGAUCCCCCAGUCAUCCUGUAUGAUGAAGCCACUUCAUCAUUAGAUUCGAUUACUGAAGAGACUAUUCUUAGUGCCAUGAGAAAUGCAGUCAAACACAGAACAUCUAUUUUCAUUGCUCACAGAUUAUCAACAGUGGUUGAUGCAGAUGAAAUCAUUGUCUUGAAUCAGGGUAAAAUAGCUGAACGUGGUACCCACCAUAGUUUGCUUGCUAAUUCAGGCAGUUUCUAUUCAGAAAUGUGGCAUACACAGAGCAGCCGUGUGCAGAACCAUAACUCCAAUUGGGAUGCAGAGAAAGAAAAUAUGUCUAAGGAGGAAGAAAGGAAGAAGCUCCAAGAAGAAAUAAUCAAUGGUGUAAAAGGCUGUGGAAACUGUUCCUGCUAAGUCAUAUGAGACAUUUAGGUUUUUUUAAAUAUACAUUUGCACUGAAACAGAAUUAUAUUAUUAAAAAAUCAUAUAUUCUCAUUUUCUAGAAUUCUUCUUUUGAGUAAGAUUUCUGUGAGGACAUAGCUCUGUGUUAGAUACAUGGUUCACAUACUUGACUUCCACCACCACAAAAAAAAAUAGGAACAGAAACAAGAAGAGACAAAAAAGUUUUUUUUAUAUAGGAAUUUGACAUUGUUCACAAUUUAAUAUAUUUAUACUCCAGUUAUUUUCCUGUUAAUACUUUAGUUGUUCUCAAAGCAUAGGUUUUGUUACUGUCAUUGUUUACUAGACACCAUUUCCAUAUUUGAGGCGUAAUAGCAAUUUUAUAUCUAUAAUCAGAGGGAUCAAAUUGGCUUCUAAAUUUUUAUAGUCUUUGGGGCCAGGUGGCGGUACACCUGGGAAGUGCAUGUCACAGUGUGCAAGGACCCAGGUUCAAUCCCAUAGUCCCCACCUGCAGGAGGAAGCUUCACAAAUGGUGAAGUAGUGCUGCAGGUGCCUUUCCUUCCUUCCCCCCUUUCUCUCCUUCCCUCUCAACUUCUCUUUAUUUCUGUCCAGUGAAUAAUAGAUAAAAUAUUUUAUAAAGAUUGAGUAUUAUCAAACUUAAUAACUUUUUUGUAGUUUCUCUAACUUUAAUAGUGAUGAUUUAGUUGAGAAGUAUGUUUUCCUUUUUUAUUCCAAGAAAAAAAAAAAGACACUAUAGGUUCACUGUCUUCCCUCCACCACUAAAGUAUUUGAAUGAUAUGAAAAUGAAUUUAUAAACACACUUAAAAUUAAAACACAUUUAAAAUUGUGCUGGCUGUGAAAAGAAUAAAGAAACAAAAUGUGUCAUAAAAAAAUAAAAAUUAUGCCGGAGAGAUAGCCCAUCGGCUAAGGUGCCUGCAUUUUCACAAAAAUAACCCAAGUAAAACCCAGCACCACAUGGGAGGUGAUGUGUCAGCAAAAUAAACUUGGGUGCUGUAUCUCCCCCUCUUCCUAUCUCUAUCCUAAAGAAAAAUGUGGCCCUGAGUCAUGAAAUCAAACAUACACAAAGCCUCAGUUUCAAACACACACAAAAAUUAGAACUUGCUAGAAAUAGACAUGUAUGUAUAAUUCAAUUGCUAUAGUUGAUAGACAGCUAUACUUAGGCUUAGGUAUAGUAUGCUUUUAAGAUCUUAUAUUUGUUCUUGUCCCGACAGAGAUGCUAUUAAUAAGAUGAUAAUAAGAAAAACCAACAUUUAGUGACCAGGAAAAAUUUUAGGUUUUGUUUUUUACCUACCGAGUUUGCUGGAGCUUGGUGCUUCACCACUCCAGUGACCUUUUUAUAUUUAUAUUUUAAUUUUUUUAUAUAUGACGAGAAAAAAGAGAGAAAGGAGGAAGAGAGAAACAAACACCUGCAGCGCUACUAUACUCAUCAUGAAGCCUCACUUGCAGGUGGUUUUGGGGGCUUUGAACUCAGGUCCUGGGUGCUCCACCACCCAACCCCCAGUCAUGGUCUUAAGCGGAUAUCAAUUGUGAUCCUUAAUUUUCACAAUGACAUCAUGAAAUUGGUAUUAUCAUCUUCAUUUUCUUUUAAUUAGAGCGCUGCUCAGCCCUGGCUUAUGGUGGUGCAAGGGCACGAAUUUGGGACUUCUGGGCCCAGAUAUGAAUGAAUAUCUUUUGCCUAAUCAUUAUGCUAUCUCUAUACCCCCUCCUGUAGUUAAGUUUUUAAAAUCAUUUGCUUCUGUAUAAUUUUUGGAAGAAAAAAACGUUAAUUUUCAUGUUAGUAUUGAGAAUAUUUUAUCAUCAUUCUAGUGCUGGGAAUUUCAUUUUUUUCUAUCAAAAUGAGAUGUUGAUUUUUGUUUUGGACCAAAAUUUAAACAUUUUUUUAAGGACAGACAAACCCUAUGAUGAUCUGAGUGUGAUCUAAAACUUAGGAACUUAAUGUCUUUUUUGUUUCUGCUUUUAAUUUGCCAUUUUAACUAUAUUUGAAGGUUUACAAAGAAACAACUAAAUUGGUUGUCUAUGCAACAAUAUGUGUGUGUACACAUUCAUACAUGGAUGCAGAUUCUCCUAAAUUUAAGGUACCUUUUAGUAAAUAAGCAAAUAUGUCUUACUCUUCAGAUAAUCAAGGGUCUAAUCUGUCAACAUUGCAAAAUACACUAUUGCACUAUUUUUUUUACACUAUUUUUUUUCCUGGAAAGCUUUACUGAAUGAAGAUCCCAUAAGAUAUAAUCUAGUUUUACCAGUGUGAAAUAACAGCAUGUUGAUAUCUUAUUCAUUUAGAAAGCUCUUCUCUUUUCCAAUUUGAAAUCAUUUUAAUUUUGUAGUAAUUUAGUUUGAGAGAAUUCCUCUAUGUCACAAAUGCCUGCAUGUGAAAUUUUAUAUUUCAAAUAAUAUUAGUCAUGCUCAGGUUGGUAUGGCCUUUAGAUAAUAUAUCUCAGAAAAGGUCAAAGCGUAUUAUUUUAUUGGUUUCUGGCUUAAGGUGAUAGUUUGGCCUGGGUGAGACUAAUGCUUCUGUUUUGUUUUAUAUUACUGUCAUAUGUCAUAUGUAUAUCUGAAUCUACCAAUCUCAGGUUUAUAAUUUUGUUAUAGAAAAGCUAUUUUAUAAGUAGCUUGAAGCCAGUAUUUCAUAGUUUUUGACAUAAAAAUAGGUGAUAUAAGAUUGUGAUUUUGAAAUUGGUGUUAACCCUGAGAUGUAUAAUCAAUUGCAAAUUGGGGUUUUGGGCAUUACUUACUCUGAAGUCAUAGAUGUUACUGAUUUUUCCAAGAGAAAGUAAAGGAUUUUCCUUUGAAUAAAGGAGUUCUAGUAUAGAAAUGUGGUCCAUCUAGAUUGCCAUUUUUUCCCUGUUAAUUCCUUUAUAUAUCCAGUGAUAACCCUGUAUUCUGGAGAAAGAGGAAAAUUUGGUGAAGGGUGUGGGGUGUUGACACCUAUAGUAGGGAAAUGUGAAAGUUGUAUUUGUGAAAGCAACAGUCUUGUAAAUCAAUAUUUCCCCAAUAAAGUGGUCUAUUAAGGAAAAAAAUUACUUGUAUGAUCAAAUAGGAAAUAUUGAAGCAACCAUUAUUAAUAUUCAUCUUGAAUGUAAAUAAUGGUAUUUAAAGUAAGUGAUUUUAUAAUACGGGGUAUUUAGAUAAAGAAAGAUAGGUAUGUUUCAGGGUGGGAAUACUUUCCCCAUUAAGAUGAUUUGAUUAUUAUUUUCUUUUUUUUUCAUUGCCGGCACUUCACCUCUCCAUGCAGAAUUUUUCAGAUAAAAGAGAAGUAGACAUCAAAGCACCAAGGCUUCCUCAUUUGCCAUAGAACUUCCCAUGUGAUUUACCAGGGGUUGUGUGCAUGGCAAGCAGUUGCCCUUCUAGGUGAACUAGCGCUCCAGCUUCUGAAGUAAUCCUCCCUCCCUCCUUCCUUCCUUCCUCCCUCCCUCCCUCCCUCCCUUCCUCCCUCUCUUCUUCUUUCCUUCCUUUCGUUUUUCCCUUCCUUUCCCAUUUUUAAUAUAAAAAGCAGAGACAGGUGGCCAGGAGGUGGCAUACCUGGUUACGCACACACAUUACAGUGCACAGAGAUACAGGUUCAAGCCCCUGGUCCCCACCUGCAGGGAGAAAGCUUCACAAGUGGUGAAGCAAGGCUGCAGGUGUCUCUCCCCCUCUCCUCUCAAUGUCUUUCUGCCUCUAUCCAGUAAUAAAUAAUAAAAAAUAUUUUAUAAAAUAAAUU